AUGGUGACGCGUUUUCUUUGGCAGUGUGCAGACUGCAAGAUGUGCGAGGUUUGCUUGUCUAACGAGAAUGAAGAGACGAUGCUCAUCUGCGACGCUUGCGACAGAGCUUUUCACAUGGAGUGCCUUUCCCCACCUGUUCAAGAGGUGCCGGAGGGAGAUUGGUUUUGCAAAGGUUGCGGCUACUGCAGCUCCUGCGGUUGCCAGCUCACUGAGGACGAAGCACUCGAUCCCAGUUGCUUUUACUCGAACCGUCACCGCAUAUGCGUAGCCUGCAAGGAGAAGUACUUGCGGGUCAAGAGGGGCAGGAGCCCCUACAGGAGCAACACAGCCUUUGACUCAGUAUACGCUGCAUGCAGCAAACGAAACAACCCUAACAAACUGUGUGAAGUCUGCGCCGCCCCUCUCGAAUCCGACUCUAAAGGACCCCAGAAGAGGAUCUUUUGCGCAGUGUGCAGAAUUGGGGUUCACGUGGAAUGUGCAGUGGCCAGGCAGGCCCCAGAUGAAUACAUCUGCAAGAUUUGCAGCGACUUUAUUGAAGACUUCCAGGCCGAGACAGACAGGAGCACAGCUACCCACGCUCGACAUCCCACACUUAUGGCGUUAGAAAAUGUAGCAACAUAG